GCGACAUAAACGUCAAACCUCGCCAUGGCUACGCCAGAAAUUAGCAAGCGGGGAAUCCGCAUCGCCAUUGAUCGUGGCGGUACCUUUACAGAUUGCGUGGGCAAUCCCGGCACGGGCAAGAUGGAAGACGAUGUCGUUAUCAAGCUGCUUUCGGUCGACCCAUCCAACUACGACGACGCGCCCCUCGAGGGUAUACGCCGCCUCCUCUCCAAAUUCACUGGCACUGAGAUUCCCCGCGGGCAGCCCCUCGACACAUCCAAGAUCGAGAGCAUACGAAUGGGCACGACGGUUGCGACAAAUGCGCUGCUGGAGCGCAAGGGCGAGGAUAUCGCCAUGGUGGUCACCAAGGGUUUCAAGGACUGUCUUGAAAUUGGCAAUCAGAGUCGGCCCAACAUAUUUGCGCUGGAUAUUCGGAAGCCCGAGGUUCUCUACAAAAGAGUCGUCGAGAUUGAUGAGCGAGUCACGCUCGAGGACUACGCCGAAGACCCAGAGCGACACCAGACCCAGGCAGCGAGCAUUGAAGAGGCUGGAGACGGCGCCGAGCUGGUCAAGGGUUUGUCGGGCGAGACAGUCCGCAUACUACAAAGACCGCAGGAGGAAGCAAUCAGGAAGCAACUCCAGGAUGUGUACGAUAGUGGGUUGAAGAGUAUAGCCGUUUGCUUGAUGCACGGCUACACAUAUCCAAAGCACGAAGCAUUAGUGGGCAAGAUUGCCAGAGAAAUCGGCUUUGAACAUGUCAGCUUAAGCCACGAACUCAUGCCCAUGAUCAAGCUGGUGCCCCGAGCGACAUCUGCUUGUGCAGAUGCAUACCUCACACCUGCGAUACGAAAGUAUAUUGAUGGCUUCUCUAAGGGAUUUGAAGGUGGGCUGGGCACCAAAAGCGUAAAGCACGAAGCAGGCUCCAAGGGUGCGCGAUGCGAGUUCAUGCAAUCCGACGGCGGUCUAGUAGAUGUCGACAUGUUCUCCGGACUCAAAGCCAUUCUAUCAGGACCUGCUGGAGGUGUUGUAGGCUAUGCACUGACAUCCUAUGACCCGGAGACCAAGAUACCCGUUAUUGGUUUCGACAUGGGCGGCACAAGUACCGACGUGAGCCGGUAUGGCGCUGGACGCUACGAUCACGUCUUCGAGACUACGACUGCUGGAGUUACUAUCCAGUCGCCACAGCUCGAUAUCAACACAGUUGCCGCUGGUGGCGGAUCGCGUCUCUUCUGGAAAAACGGGCUAUUUGUCGUGGGCCCAGAAUCAGCAAGCGCACAUCCAGGCCCGGCAUGCUACCGGAAAGGCGGCCCACUGACCAUCACGGAUGCCAACCUGUUCCUCGGUCGGCUACUACCCGACUUCUUCCCUAAGAUCUUUGGAAAGAAUGAGGACGAGGGUCUGGAUGCGCAGGCUAGCGAGAAGCUGUUCAAGGAGCUGGCAGAGCAGAUCAACAAAGAGAUUGCCGGAGGCAACAAGGAUAAGGAAAUGUCCUUGGAUGACAUUGCGAAUGGCUUCAUAAAAAUUGCGAAUGAGACAAUGACACGCCCAAUCCGCAGUUUGACCGAAGCACGUGGCCAUGAUACUUCCAGGCAUCGCCUUGCGACUUUCGGUGGCGCUGGUGGACAGCACGCGGUUGCCAUCGCCGAAGCACUUGGCAUCUCGCAGAUUUUGGUUCACAGAUACACAUCAGUACUUUCUGCAUAUGGUAUGGCCCUCGCCGAUGUCGUCGAUGAGAGGCAAGAACCAGAGUCGAAGGUCUGGUCUGAUGAGAAGGACGUCAGGGAGUACCUACAGAGCAAGAUGGCCGACUUGAAGAGCAAAUCAACAGCCUCUCUCAAAGAACAGGGCUUUGACGAGGAGAACAUCCACUUCGAAGAGUAUCUCAACUUGCGCUACCGAGGUACCGAGUCAGCGCUCAUGAUCAUCAAGCCAACAAAGGAAGAGGCCAAGCAAGAAUAUGAUGGUGACGAAUGGGCCUUUGGAAAAGCUUUUGUUAAGCAGCAUGAGCAAGAGUUCGGCUUUACGCUACCAGAUCGCGACAUCAUUGUGGAUGAUGUCAGGGCCCGAGGUAUCGGGAAAACCUUUCAGGGGCUGGAAAAAACCGUGGAUCAGCAGUUGAAGGAAAUCAAGCCGAAGGAUAUUUCAGGUGACACAAAGCGUUAUGACACUCGCAAGGUGUUCUUCGAGGGUGGUCGACAAGACACAUCCGUCUACAAGCUCGAAGACCUGGAGGUUGGCGAUCGCCUGAAGGGCCCAGCCAUCAUUGCAGAUGGUACACAGACUAUCGUCGUAACACCCGGUGCUAGCGCGCUCAUCAUCAACACGCACGUUGUUAUUAACAUUGGUGAGGCUGAAGAGCAAGAGAAGCAGAUUAGCACCAAGGAGGUGGAUCCAAUUCUUCUCAGUAUCUUUGCCCAUAGGUUCAUGGCUAUUGCUGAGCAAAUGGGUCGCGCGCUGCAAAAGACUAGUGUAUCCACCAACGUCAAAGAACGACUGGACUACUCUUGCGCAUUAUUCGACGAGGAGGGCGGACUAGUUGCAAACGCGCCACAUCUCCCCGUGCAUCUCGGAAGUAUGUCGACCUGUGUCCGCAAGCAAGCCGCUAUCUGGAAAGGCAAGCUGAAGAAGGGAGACGUGCUAGUCUCCAACCACCCAAUGUUUGGCGGAACACAUCUGCCGGAUAUCACUGUGAUUACGCCAGCUUUCAGUGGAGAUAACAUCGUCUUCUAUGUGGCGUCUCGUGCGCAUCAUGCUGAUAUUGGCGGUAUCCUUCCUGGCUCGAUGCCUCCAGCCUCCAAGGAACUCUACCAAGAAGGCGCAGCCAUCAAAUCCGAGAAGCUCGUAUCAGAGGGUCAUUUUAAUGAGAAGCGCAUCACUGAGCUGUUGCUCGACGAACCGGGCCAGUACCCUGGUUGCUCUGGCACUCGAUGCCUCAGCGAUAACAUCAACGAUCUGAAGGCCCAGAUCGCCGCUAACCAGAAGGGUAUCAACCUCAUCAGUACACUCAUGUCCGACUACGGCGAGCAAGUUGUCAAGUUUUACAUGACCAACAUCCAAACCAACGCUGAGAAGUCUGUGCGAUCACUCCUCAAAGACGUAUACAAGCGUUUCGAGGGCCAAGACCUCAGCGCAGAAGAGUUUAUGGAUGACGGAAGCCCUAUCCACCUCAAGGUCACCAUCGACCCCGAAAAGGGUGAAGCCGUUUUUGACUUUUCAGGCACGGGUGCAGAGGUCUACGGAAACAUCAAUGCACCUGAAGCUGUGACCUACUCGGCCAUCAUCUACUGUUUGCGCUGCCUCAUCAGUGAGGAUAUCCCGCUGAACCAAGGCUGUCUGAAGCCGAUCCAUGUUCUCAUUCCCAAGAAGUCUUUCCUUUCGCCCUCGGACAACGCGGCUGUUGUCGGAGGCAACGUACUUACGAGUCAGCGUGUAACAGACGUGGUAUUGAAAGCCUUCCGCGCCUGUGCUGCCAGCCAAGGUGACACCAACAAUCUUACUUUUGGCUUUGGUGGUACAACAUUCGGAGAAGGCGGCAAGAGUGGAGAAAGAAAAGAGACCAAGGGAUUUGGAUACUAUGAGACCAUCGCAGGAGGAUCUGGUGCAGGUCCAACAUGGAACGGUACCAACGGAGUGCACACUCACAUGACCAACACUCGCAUCACCGACUCGGAGGUGUUUGAGCGCCGAUACCCUGUCCUGCUUCGAGAAUUCUCGCUCAGAGAAGGAAGUGCAGGAAAGGGAAUGCACAUCGGUGGCGAGGGAGUGAUUCGUGAUAUUGAGUUCCGCAUCCCAGUUCAAGUCAGCAUCCUGAGCGAACGAAGAAUCUACCACCCAUACGGAAUGGCAGGUGGAGGUGACGCUGCUUGCGGACUCAACAUAUGGGCCCGCAAAGUCGAUAAGAAGGCUAUUGAUCAGAAUUCGGAUGCAAAGAAACCCACCGAGUCUCAAGGAUCUGACGCACCUGCUCCCAUAGUGGUUGGCGACGUGGAUGCCCUGGAGAGGAGGGAUGCCGCAAGGGGAAACAAUGAUAUCGAGUACAGGUAUAUCAACCUCGGCGCGAAGAACACGGCCAGCAUGCGGCCUGGCGAGCGCAUCAUCAUUCAUACGCCUGGAGGCGGCGGAUGGGGAAAGGAGGGCGAGGAGAGCAGGGUGCAGCAGAAGAAGGACCCGAAGCAGAGUUGGAGGGGAGGCAGUAUAGCAGAGCGACAGAGUACGGCUGAAGCAAGUGCUUAGAUGGGAUGAGUAUGUGUAGUCAUGACUUGUUUUGUUACUGUUCAAUACAGC